UGUGAGGUCACUUCCUGCGUGCUGGGUGGCUUCCGGCGGUGUUUCCUGCCUCGCUCUCUUUCUCCAGCCGACCGCCGCCAUCAUGGGUCGCAUGCACGCUCCCGGGAAGGGCCUGUCCCAAUCGGCGCUACCCUACCGCCGCAGCGUCCCCACUUGGCUGAAGUUGACGUCUGACGACGUGAAGGAGCAGAUUUACAAACUGGCCAAGAAAGGCCUGACUCCCUCACAGAUCGGUGUGAUCCUGAGGGACUCCCAUGGUGUGGCACAAGUACGCUUUGUGACAGGCAAUAAAAUCUUGAGAAUCCUUAAGUCGAAAGGGCUUGCUCCUGAUCUUCCUGAGGAUCUCUACCAUUUAAUUAAGAAAGCAGUUGCUGUCCGAAAGCACCUCGAGAGGAACAGAAAGGAUAAGGAUGCUAAAUUCCGCCUGAUUCUGAUAGAGAGUCGAAUUCACCGAUUGGCUCGAUAUUACAAGACCAAGCGAGUCCUUCCUCCCAACUGGAAAUAUGAGUCGUCCACAGCCUCUGCCCUGGUUGCAUAAAUUUGUCUAUGUACUCAAGCAAUAAAAUGAUUGUUUAACUAAAA